AUUACCGACUUUACACGGUAACUACGGCUGCGUUCAUAUUAAACGUACCUAAUGUCAGUCGCCGACUGUGAGCUUUUUCUUCUACACGGUAAUUACAAUACGUAGUGCCAGUGAUAUUAUUAAAAAUUAGUUUACUUUUAAUUUUAAGUUUCAGCUGUGAUUCACCUUGUUAGUUUGUUUAUGGUUUAGUAAUGUUUCUUCUUUAUAAUUCAAAUUCAAGAACAUUUGAUCACUUAUUGUUUGUCAUUACAUAUCUAGAAGUUUUUAUAUUCUUUUAAUUAUUAUUAUUAUGUCUGAAACAAAUAUAGUUACAUACAAAUAGAUAUAUUUUUUAAUCCUUUUAGAACCUUUUAAAUAUCACUCCUUUUCCAUCAUAGAUCAAACACUUUCAGUAUGUUCACCACCUCACGUUCUCGUUGUUAGAUCAUAUUAAUCUCCAGAUAUAAAAAAAAUGUUAACAACCUAAGGUUUUUUUAUAUAUCAAUUGUUUUGUUAUAAUCUAAAUAUAGUCAUAUAAUAACAAAUAAAAAAAAUCUAAUGUUUCUGUUCAGAUAGUGAAAAUGACUUGCUACUUAGAUUCCUAAUAAGCAACCCGAUUUUAUUAUUGUAAUGAUACUUAAAAAAAAAUACUUGCAAUACAACAGUCUGUCAAUCAUUUAAUGUUUCUUUUAAACUAUUAUAAACAAUCGUAUUCUAUCAGCAGUAGCUAUUACCUUAUUUAAUAAGUUGCUUAGACACAUCAACCUUAUGGAAACCUUAUCAUUCUAUUCAACUUCAUGAUUAAUCUUACAGGCGACGGAUGCAUCAAUGUAGUGAUAAGCGGAGUUGCAUCACAAGCACUUAACGACAAUUUCUCAGAUGACGAUGUCAUAGAAGUUGUAAGAGACGAAGCUCCUAUUGAAAUACUAUCGGACGGAGAGGAAAGAGAACUUGAAAGAAUCAAAGGAUUUCAGUCCACAAGUGUGAUACAAGAUUUCCAUUUUACAUCAGUCCCGACAAUUGUCGAAACACACUCGGAAAGUAAACAUCACGAUGUUGCGGAAACGCAUGAUCCUCUUCGAAAUUUAUCUGUUGAUAUCGUAAUAGAAAAUACCAAUGCACAUGAGAAUGAUGACGGUUCAAUUCCAAAUAUACAACAGUUGGCAAUAGAACCAAAUCAAAAUGAGGUGCAAUCACAAUUUCAGAGUGAGAAUAAUUCAGUUAUUAAUAUGUCAAUACAAAAUAACUCGGUCGUUGCAGAAAUCGAAAAAAUAUCUAACACUGAGACUGUUAUAAAAGAAAAUAAAGAAGACUGUGGCAAAGUUCCUGAAUCUGCUAAUGCUUUACAAGAUGGAGAUACUAAAUAACACCAUCGCACUAUUUAUUACUUAUUUUCAAUUUGCAUAGCUUUCAUUAAUAAAAACUUAAAAAUACUUGUGUUGUAGUAAUGCAAAUAGUAAUUUAUGUUCUUCAACAAUUCAAUAAAAUUAUUGUUAUUAGACAUUUAUUUUUAAUGAUCUCCUAUAAUGUAUAAUUGCUGUAUGUUAGGUAUAGGUCAUAUGUAUA